UCCUCGAGAUGAUCGGUUGGAGAAUGCAGCCGAGCGCCUCGGUGCUCGGCGUCAUCGCCAUUAUCUCUAUCAUGAUUACUGUCACUACGUCAGAAGCGGAGAAUGGUGCCAUCGAGCGUGGCAUUAAUCAUCUUGAUGAGGAAAAUCAACGCCUCGACGAGAGAAUCGUGAAGAAUCGCACUAUCGAAACCGCCAGUUGGUCUCGCGGCAACGACACAACAGCUCUCGAGGAAGUCAUUUCUGCUUUCACGGUUGAGUAUUCAAUAAAGGAUUUGCCCUCGCUCGUUCCCGUAGUGGAUCCGCAUUUCGAGAAUGCGUCGAAGACUUAUAUAGACGAUCAAAUGAUAUUCGCCUCGAAGAGGAUCGAGAACUCGGAACAGGCGGAAGAGGCUUUGGCAAUGAAGUUGGACCACGAAAAUGUUCAAGGAAUGAACGACUCCAAGAUGGAAAAGCCAAAAGACGAUUGGCUGACAUUGAUAUCGGUAGCGAAAGAGGAAGACGUUACGGAAGCAAGAUACGGCGAGCAGAAAAACGCGCAAGAUAUCAGAGCGAUCUCAUUCCAAGUACCGCCACCAGAUGAAAAGGAGGAAGACUAUCAGGACAGCCGACAACAGGGGAAAACUAGCGUCGGUCACAUGGACGAAACGAGAAAACUCAGCGAAACCAAAAAAAAUCAGACUAAACCGGCGAAUAACUUGCUACUGACUGGCAAGUCAACGAAGGCCUUCUACGAGAUUAAACCGUCGAUCAGGACUCUCGAAACGGAGCGCGGUCGUGAUCAGUUCCAGAUAACCACUCACAGGACGUUGUCGGGCAGAAAGUUCGUCUUGCCUAGCGUCGAUAGCGCUUUCGGAAAAUUCGGUCCAUAUUUCGAAGACGGUGACCGAGAGAUAAACGUCACCGCGAGAAUCGGCAGUACUGUUUUGUUGGACUGCAAGAUCGGCAUGCUAGGUGAUAAAAAGGUAACGUGGUUGCAGCAUAAUAAGGAUUUCUUUCGUCUGUUAACAGUAGGCAGAACGCCGUAUAGCAACGAUCAAAGAAUCAGUCUUAAUUUUCGAUAUCCUAGUAAUUGGAGACUGCAAAUACUUUAUGCGAACCCACGCGACUCGGGGUUGUAUCAGUGCCAAGUCGCCACGCAUCCUCCGCUAGUUAAGAAAAUCAACGUCGUUGUUACGGCGCCAACUCUAACGAUCAGCGAUGAUUCUGGACGUAUAGUUUCCAAGGAAAGGCAUCUAAAGGCAGGCAGUGUCCUCAGGCUCAGGUGUGAGGCGAGGGACGUGCUCGAGUCGCUCAACGAGUCCGUCGUUUGGACUAGAGGAGACGAGACGCUUACAGAAGAUAUUAGCGAGAACAGAACUACAGAGAUCUCGGCGGGCAAGGAGGUCCUUGUGAUCGUCAGUACUCUCAUCGUGGAGAGAGCCAGUCCCAGACACGCAGGGAACUAUAGCUGCAUGGUGCCCGGCAAAGCCAAGACCAUCGUCGCGGUUCAUGUUCUCAACGGUGAACUGCCAGCCGCUGUGCACGACGGGAACGGAGUUUCAAGAGCAUUCCUUAAUCUUUGGUUGGUUCACCUGACGAUGAGCUAUGUCUUCACCAGAUGACAGUAUUAAGAUUACUCCAAUAACUUCUAUUUCAAUCCGGAUGCAUUCACAGAUCAGAAAAAUUUUUGACGAGCGUGG